CAACUGAAUAAGUGUUAUAUCAAUUGGGUUUAUGAUGGUAUUUUAACCAUAUGAAACCUUAUGUAUUUCAGGGUGGAGAUGUAAUGCUCUUCAUACUCAGAUGUACAUGCUUGAGGGUGCAUCAAGAUGGAACAUCAACCGGGCUCAUCAGGCUGUGGACAUAAGUGGUGUAUCGCAUACCAAAAUGUAUGACGCACGUUUAAUGUCCUACAUGAACAUACUCAGCAACAGAGUCCUUGGAUGUGCACUCCUUCCAGAAUUUACACCCCCUGGGAAACCCACUGAUGAACGUAUAGCUGUGGAGUACUUGCUGGCACAGUCUGACAGAGGAGACCUGCUCUCUCCACUGGAGCAUGGUGAAGUGGGCGUAACUCUGCCAGAGAUGCAGGUUGAGGUUCAGGAGGAUGAGUGUCUGGAUGUCACAAUAUGUGAUGCAGCCGACAUCAGUUUAGAUACCCACAUCCUUGGCAGAUCAAGUAGUCAUGAUUCAUUAAGCUCCUCUCUGGAAGCCAGUGUUCCAAUAGAUGGCUCUUGCAGUCCUGAUGUUGAAGACAUUUUCUGUGCUGAGCCUAGCACAUCAGCUCCGGACAGUAGAUGUGAUUCAAGGGGUGUUCCUGGAUGGGAGGCAGUGGAUAACCUUGCAAGGUUCCUUGUCAGCCUCAACCGCACUAUCACUGCUUUGUCAACCAACGAGAUAGCAGAGAUUUUAAGGUUAUAUUCGUGUCUGCAUGCCAUUGAUCAGUCCUCCUCCAAGUAUUCCCUUAAGUGCAAGAAAAAGAUCUUGGAAGGUCCUUGGAGAGCUUCACGGAAGCGUAGUGGCUCAGCCCCUGGCCAGCAAGCAGCUGAGAGACUGUUCAUGAUUCAUGGCCAGGCUGCCGAGAGACCUGAUGCCAACAGGAUUUCAGAAUGUGUCGCACUCAAGCUUUUGAAGGAGUUCAAUGAAGCAAGAAACAGGCCCAGAGACAACAAGGGCAAAGUCUUUGCCAUUCCUCAGGCGAUUGUGAUGACAUACAGUCACAUUAAGCAGCUGCUUGAAGACUGCAGAGAGAUACUGGAGAAGACCAACUUGGUGCUAGUUACGGUCAACAACACUACAGUGUCGUCUUGGCUUCUUGACAGGAAAACAAGAACGGGUCGAGACACCUUGCUGCAAGGAGUGCAAUUCCAUCAGCAUGUUGGUUUGGCAAAUGAGCCGCUUCCAAAGCCUAAAGAGCUCCCAUCUGCACCUGUACAACAUGGACAUGUUGCCAUUGAAUUCCAGGAGCCUGAAAAUCGGGAGGGUGAGGCAGUUAUUCGUCAGCGUAAAUAUGCACGAACUGGAACUGCAAUGUCUUCUAUUACACACACAGAGCUAGGGCUAGGAGACACAUCGCCAUUUGGCACAGGCUAUUCUCCUGCAGCAGAAGCCCAGCAACUUCCAGGGUUGCAUACCUGGCCUGGAUAUUCUGACUGGUCUUCUCCGCUGUAUCCACCACAUCAUGGUUUGUCUUUCCAUCCACCACCGGCUCCACCAAUGCCUCACGGGUGGUCUUCCCUUCCACCAGGCCAACAGCCAUCAGCACCACCACCAUACUCUCAAGGAAGGUCUUCCUUUCCGUCAGACCAACAGCCAUCAGCACCACCACCGCACUUUCAGGGAUGGUCUUCCCUUCCACCAGGCCAACAGCCAUCAGCACCACCACCACACUCUCAGGGAUGGUCUUCCUUUCCGCCAGGCCAACAGCUAUCAGCUCCACCACCUCCUCGGAACCGACAACGUGCUUGGAGACUGCACAAGGCAGCACUUGCGGAUCAGGAAAGUAUGGCAAGAGGGGAGCCACCAAAGAAGCGUUACACUAAAGAACAUUAG